CCUUACUCCUUAUACCUUGUACUUUUCCAUCUCUCUCUCUCAAAGUUUUGCUUCUUUUUUCUCAGACAUAUUAAUUUACACCAUGAACCUGUUGAAGAAGUGCUGUUCCUGUUUCAGAAAAAAAACUGACGGUACCUCAACCUCAACUUCUCAUCAAUUGUCGCAUCCAACAACUGACUUCAAAGGCCAACCUCGUCUCCCCACAUUCGCUGUCCCCAUACGCUACGAUAUUCAACUGAAACCCGACCUCGCGGCCUGCAAGUUCGAAGGCAUUGUCUCCAUCGUUGUCAACAUCGUUGCCGACACUCGUUUCAUUGUCCUCAAUGCUGCUGCCCAACUCCACAUUAACCCUGAUUCAGUCUACUUCUCCGAUCCUAAUUCUAAUAAGGUAUUUGAGAAGCCAAAAGUAGGGAAGGUCGAAGCAGAUGAGAUUUUGGUGUUGGAAUUUUCUGAGACACUUCCCAAGGGUACGGGAGUUUUAACUAUUGGCUUUGAGGGUGUCUUAAAUGACAAAAUGAAGGGAUUCUAUAUAAGUACUUAUGAUCACAAUGGUGAGAAGAAGAAUAUGGCAGUGACACAAUUCGAGCCAGCUUAUGCAAGGCAAUGUUUUCCCUGUUGGGAUGAACCGUCUUUCAAGGCAAAGUUCAAUAUCACAUUAUUGGAUGUUCCAUCUGAACUAGUGACCCUUUCAAACAUGCCAGUGGAUGAGGAGGAACUGAAUGGGAACCUGAAAACAGUUUAUUAUCAAGAAUCACCGGUGAUGUCUACAUAUUUGGUUGCUGUUGUUAUUGGUUUGUUUGAUUACAUUGAGGAUCAUACACCAGAUGGGAUCAAAGUUCGAGUGUACUCUCAAGUUGGGAAGGCAAAUCAAGGGAAAUUUGCUCUCCAUGUAGCUUUGCAGACACUGGGUUUUUAUAAAGAUUAUUUUCAAAUGCCAUACUCUCUUCCCAAACUGGAUAUGGUUGCAAUCCCUGAUUUUGCUUUUGGGGCAAUGGAGAACUAUGGCUUAGUUACAUAUCGUGAGACGGAUUUGCUCUUCGAUGAUCACCAUUCGGCUGCUGCCAACAAGCAGCGGGUAGCAACAGUGGUGGCCCAUGAAUUGGCACACCAGUGGUUUGGAAAUCUUGUAACAAUGGAAUGGUGGACGGACCUGUGGCUGAAUGAGGGCUUUGCAACUUGGAUGAGUUACAUGGCAAAAGAUAAGUUGUUCCCAGAAUGGAAAAUAUGGACACAAUUCUUUGAUCAUGAAUCUAGUGAAGGUCUUAGGUUGGAUGGACUUGCAAAAUCCCACCCUAUCGAGGUGGAGGUAAACCAUGCCUCUGAAAUUGAUGAAAUAUUCGAUACAAUAAGCUACAAAAAAGGUGCAUCAAUUAUCCAGAUGCUUAAAGGCUAUGUUGGAGGUCCACAUUUUCAGAACUCACUUGCUACAUAUAUAAAGAGACAUGCAUGGUCAAAUGCAAGGACAAAUGAUCUGUGGGCUGUUCUUAAGGAGGAAUGUAACGAGCCAACAAUAGACAAGAUAAUGAAUUCAUGGACAAAACAAGAAGGGUAUCCAGUUUUGUCCGUGAAAAUGAAAAACCAGACAUUGGAAAUUAAACAGUCACGAUUCUUAUAUGCCGGUUCUCAUGAUCGUUGUCAGUGGAUUAUCCCAAUCACUUACUGUUGCGGAGACUAUGAUAGCUUGAUAAGCUUGUUGAUGGAGAAAAAAUCCGAAACUUAUGAUAUUAAGGAUUUGCUUUCCAACAUUACUGAUCCAGCACGCUCUUGGAUAAAGCUCAAUGUUGAACAGAUUGGAUUCUUCAGGGUGAAAUAUGAUGAUGGCCUGGCAGCUAAACUUCGAUAUGCAAUAGAACACAAAUGCUUAUCAGUAACAGACAGACUUGGCAUUCUGGAUGAUUCGUUUGCGCUUUGUAUGGCACGUGAAAUGUCCUUGACUUCCUUGCUUACCUUCAUGGCUGCCUACAGGGAGGAACUUGAGCAUACUGUGCUAUCUAACUUGAUUAAGAUAAUUGGUAAAAUUGAAAGGAUUGUUGCAGAUGCAAGACCCGAACUAAUGAAUUACAUCAAACAAUUUUUCAUUGGCCUUCUCCUACCAGCUGUUGCGAACUUCGGUUGGGACCCAAAACAAGGCGAGAGUCAUCUGGAUGCGAUGUCGAGAGGAGAUAUUUUCACUGCACUCGCCGUGCUCGGUCACGAGGAGACGAUAAACGAAGCGAACUCUCGAUUUAAUGCCUUCUUGAACGACCGAAACACACCUCUCCUCCAUCCUGACAUAAGAAAGGCUGCAUAUGUAGCUGUAAUGCAGAAAGUCACCUCAUCAAACAAAGAAGGCCUUGAAUCUCUUUUGAAAGUUUAUAGAGAAACUGAUCUAAGCCAAGAAAAAACCCGGAUUUUAGGUUCAUUGGCAUCUUGUCCUGAUGAGAGUGUAGUGUAUGAAGCUUUAAACUUUGCAUUGUCCUCCGAGGUUCGCAAACAAGAUGCUGUAUUUGGACUUGCUGUUAGUAAAGAAGGACGUGAAGUUGCUUGGAAAUGGCUCAAGAAUAACUGGGAUAAAAUCAGGACAACCUAUGGAUCUGGGUUACUAUUAACUCGAUUUGUCGGUCCAAUCGUGUCGUCGUUUGCUUCAUCUGACAAAAUGAAGGAAAUAGGGAAGUUCUUUGGUAAUAGGACACAGGCUUCAAUGGUUAGAACCUUGAAACAAAGCAUGGAACAGAUCUAUAUCAAUUCCAAGUGGGUUCAAACCAUUCGAAAUGAUAAAGAUCUUGCCGAGGCGGUCAAGAAGUUGGCAAACAAAUAAGUCCAAUGCAUAAUUCAUAUAUAUAUAUAUAUGUUCUCUUUUCUUUUCUUUCCUUCUCCCAAGGAAAGCUUGUUUGGAGUGUAUUUUAGAGUGUUGAUUUGUCUACUAAGUUAUCAUGUAAAUGAAUAAUGAAAUAUAUAUUUGAGAUUUGCUUUCUUCA